AUGUUCAGACCCACUUGUGGAAGAGCGUACUCUGCGCUUUCGAAACGUACCAACAAGGUCAAGGUCCAGCUCCUUAAGGAUUUCCCACAAUUUCAACUUUACAAAGGCCAAGUCACAUCGGUAAGUCCAUCUUUGAUGAGGAACUAUUUGCACUGGAGAAACGGGGCCCGCUAUAUUUUGAACAAUGAGGAUAUAGAUCUAUCUUUACAGGCACAAGCAGUAGAACUAGCAGCUCUUCGGUCCAAAGAUGUCGUCAGGAAAGAGAAACAAGAGAGGACCAUCAGUGAAACAGUUACAGAGGAGCAGACAACUAAAAAAGAAAGCAAAGAAAUCAAACAGCCGAAAUUGUUCGAUAGUGGGCUUACUUUGAAGGACGUCAAAAUUCCAGGCUUGGAAUUAUAA